GUUAGUAAUAAAGAAGGCAAUCGAAAGGACAGCAGGCGAGCUCCAUCUCAAUCUGUGGUGGAAAAAUCUGAAUCUCUGUGGUUCGUUCACUCCGCUCUUCUUCCUCUUUCAUUUUCUUUCUUUCUUUCUGAUUUUCCUGUGAAUCGAACGUACAACCUCACCAAGUAAUCAUGGAGCGGCUAACAUCUCCUGCUCGUCUCAUGAUUGUCUCCGAUCUUGAUCAUACCAUGGUUGAUCAUCAUGACCCUGAGAACCUCUCACUGUUAAGAUUCAAUUCACUGUGGGAACACGCUUACCGCCACGACUCUCUUCUUGUCUUCUCAACCGGAAGAUCACCAACCCUUUACAAAGAACUAAGAAAGGAGAAGCCUUUGUUAACCCCUGAUGUCACCAUCAUGUCUGUUGGCACUGAGAUUACUUAUGGUAACUCCAUGGUUCCUGAUCAUGGUUGGGUUGAUACCUUGAAUAACAAAUGGGACUUGAGGGUUGUGAAAGAAGAGACCGGUAACUUCUCUGAGUUAACUCUUCAGGCGGAAACUGAGCAGAGACCACACAAGGUUAGCUUUUACGUUGACAAGAGUAAGGCACAUCAAGUGACUAAAGAGCUCUCACAGCGGUUGGAGAAACGUGGGUUGGAUGUGAAAAUAAUCUACAGCGGAGGUAUGGAUUUGGAUAUCUUACCACAAGGCGCUGGCAAGGGACAAGCGCUUGCUUAUCUCCUCAAGAAGCUCAAGAGCGAAGGGAAACUCCCUGUUAACACUCUCGCUUGUGGAGACUCUGGGAACGAUGCUGAGCUCUUUAGCGUUCCUGAUGUUUACGGCGUCAUGGUGAGCAAUGCUCAGGAGGAGCUGUUGAAGUGGCACGCUGAGAAUGCGAAGGACAACCCGAAGGUGAUCCAUGCUAAGGAGAGGUGUGCGGGUGGGAUUAUACAAGCCGUUGGUGAGUUCAAGCUUGGUCCGAACCUUUCUCCGAGAGAUGUCUCUGACUUCUUGGAGUGCAAGGCUGAUGAGAAUGUGAACCCUGGUCAUGAGGUUGUGAAGUUUUUCUUGUUUUAUGAGAGGUGGAGACGUGGUGAGGUUGAGAACAGUGAGGCGUAUUUAGCUAGCCUCAAAGCUUCAUGUCUUCAUGAUGGUGUGUUUGUGCAUCCAUCUGGUGCUGAGAAAUCUCUGGUGGAUACCAUUGAUGAGCUGAGGAAGUACCAUGGAGACAAACAAGGGAACAAGUUCCGGGUGUGGGUAGAUCAAGUCUUGGCAACAGAGAGCGCUCAUGGGACAUGGAUAGUAAAGCUUGAUAAAUGGGAACAGAGUGAUGAUGAACGCAGAGGCUGCACAACCGCUGUCAAGUUCACAGCAAAGGAAGGGGAAGGGUUGGUGUGGGAACGUGUAGAGCAAACUUGGUCGGAGGAAUCAAAGUUGAAGAAGGAUGAUAGCAGCUGGAUCAUCUGAAUCACCCAAUCUCUCACUACAGAUCAAGACUUGUUUCUCUUUCUUCUCUCAUGAAUCUCUGCCAUAAAAUCAUUAUAGCUUCGGCUUGACCACACAAGGUCCAAUAAAGCAUUUACUUGAUAAAACUUGGAUCUCUUGCAAAGACCCAGCAAAUAUACUACUAUAUGAUAUUAUAUCCACUUUGCAAAGACCCAGCAAAUUUAUUUGAAUACACAAAGUCUAUUCUUUCAA